AUGUCCGAUUUUCCUCAGCUAGCAGUCGCUUCCCUUUCAACCAGUAACUCCAAGGCGGACCUUUCGCCUCAAAAUCCAAACAGUUUCUAUCCUCACUCUCCUACAUCUCCUCCGUUGAUGUCAGUCGGUGCACAAAGCUAUGCCUCCAACUUCGCAAAUACGCAUACGUCCCCCAGCCACACGACGUCAAACGGACAGCCCCUUUCAUCGCCGCCCUCGUCGACACCAAUGUCUGCUCAAACCUCACUGCAGCCAGCUGUGAGUGUGACGAAUUCGUUUCCCACACCAGCUAGUAGUGUUAGCGGUCAUCCACGAAAUACGACGCCUGCAGAUGAGUCGGAAAACACCGACAAAGCGUGGGGUCACGGAACGAAUGCGGUAGAGAAUGCAGACGCUACCAAUAUCGAUCAAUCAGAGCACAGGCGCAGUAACCACGAUCGACAUAAGCUGAACAUGGAAGGUUGGCCAGCGUCGGCAGAUGUUGAUAUGAUGGACGUCGACUCCAAAAUGGACAGCUCCUUGAUUCGCGAUUCGAGCCUUGAUGCACUGCAGCAGGACAUUGGCACGGCAUUUCAUCUUUGUAAAUCUGUUCCUACAGUUACAGGACCUGAUCCGAGCCUGGAUAUUAUAUCCCUGUAUGGGCUGGGGCCAAUCGGGAGAUCGGUCAUGAGGGCAGAUCCUGUAACAGGUGAAAAGAUCAACCGUCUGCGCAAGUCAUAUGAAGGGAAGUUGAAAGGACUCGGCUUGUCUGGAAGGAACAAAGCCGUGAAAAACGAGGGUGGGCAGUCAGGGGGCUUGCGACAUCUGAUGAUGUGGCCGGAAGAAGAAUGGCACAUUCAGAAGGUUCAUGGCAAGGAAAUUAGAGUCGCAGAAGCCGAGUCGGCACUUCAUAAGUUGCAAAUGCGGGCAAUGAAGUUGGAGCCGGGCCCCCUCCCGAACAGCGAGUAUUGGGAAGACAUUCUAGGCCACGAAAAGCAACCGAAACAUGGUGUUGACAGCGGGAAGAGAGCGGUGUCCACGCCGAAUGCUGUUCGUCCCGUUGCUCAAGCGAAUGGGGUAGCGACAGCAACCACGAUGCCAGAGCGUAUGCGCGCGACUCGUGGGAAGAAACGACAUUAUGAUGACAACAGCUUUGUUGGGUACGGAGAAGGAUACGUUGAUGACGAUGACGAAGCAGGGCUCUAUUCACAGGGGGAAGACAGGAGCGGGAAGAAGAAGCGCAAGAAGGUCUAUUUUACUUCGUCUGCUUCAUAA